AUGACCGAGCCUACAAAUCAAACCUACACACUCGAUGACGAGAAGCGAGACCUCGCCAGCAGCGAUGCCGUAGAAGACGUGUCUCCCACCGUGAUAGCGGCUGUUGCUGCCCAUGAAAUUGCUAACGAGGUCGAGGGCGGCAAAUACUCGCCCUGGACCAAGUCUAUGUUCCACCUAUACGGAGUGCUCUUUGUUGCGUACUGCUGCGGAGCGCUGAACGGCUACGACGGAUCCCUCAUGGGCUCUCUGAAUGGAAUGGAGUCGUAUCAGCGGACAUUCGACAUGUACAAUGUUGGAUCAGUUUGCGCCAUCGCUUUCACUGGACCCGUCAAUGACCUUCUCGGUCGCCGUUGGGGAAUGUUCACCGGUGCAGUCUUGAUCAUUACAAUAGGGCUACAAGCAACGCUGUUCCGCAGUUUCUUGGAGGCCGAUUUCUUCUUGGUUUCGGUGUCUCCUUCUGCUGUGUUUCCGCGCCCACAUACGCCAGUUGGUGCCUUUAUUGCGGGAUGGGUAGCAUAUGGCGCAUCGUUUAUUCCCGGUGAUGGGGGGUGGAGGGUUCCUGUUUGGUGCCAACUGUUCACUUCCGGAAUUGUUGUCAUCUUUGUGUUCUUCCUACCCGAGAGUCCGCGAUGGCUUGUCGCCAAUGACAGGCACGAGGAGGCAGCUAAGAUCUUGACGGCUCUGCACGGAGAAACAGACCCGAAUCACCCUAUUGUGCAACUGCAGAUGAAAGAGAUGUUGGCCCAAAUAUCCAGUGAGGCCAGCGACAAGACAUGGUGGGAUUACCGAGAAUUGUGGAAUACCCACUCUGCCCGUAGAAGACUAAUUUGUGUUUUGGGUAUGGCUAUCAUGGGACAGGCUUCAGGUAACUCCUUAUCGAGUUACUACCUCGUCACCAUGAUGAACACUGCCGGUAUCACCGACGAGAAGAAGGUCCUGGCCCUCAACGCUGUCAAUAGCAUUCUCGGUCUCCUCGGCAGCGUUAUCGGUGCUCGCCUUACCGAUCGCGUGGGCCGACGACCUCUCCUGAUCUAUAGCAUUCUAUUCUGCUCCAUGACAUUCGCUGUCAUGACCGGAACGUCUAAGAUGGCCGUUGAUGACCCCAGCAAUACCAACGCCGCAAAUACCACGAUCGCCUUCGUCUUCCUCUUUGGUGUCGUCUUCUCUCUGGGUUGGACCGCUCAGCAGAGCAUGUACAUUGCGGAAACCCUCAGUACCUCCACUCGUGCCAAAGGUACUGCCGUCGGUAACUUUGCUUCGUCGGCAAUUUCCCUGGUUCUUGCGUACAGCUCCGGUCCCGCGUUCGAGAAGAUUGGUUACUACUUUUAUUUGGUCUUUGUCUUCUGGGAUAUUCUGGAGGCUAUCUUCAUCUAUUUCUUCUUUCCGGAAACCAAUCACCGUACGCUUGAGGAGUUGGAGGAGGUCUUCUCUGCAGCAAACCCUGUCAAGAAGAGUUUGGAGCCUCGCAACGCGUCAACGGUGUUGGAGACUAUGAAGGUGCCCAACGAGAAGUUUGUGGAUGCAUAG